UCACUCCCUUAUAUUCCCCCCAAUAGCCACCAUAAUCGGGAAUACAUUUGACAGUACACACAACCAUCAGAAUGUCUCAGUCCGUCACCGAAUUCGUCUACCUGCGCCUGAAAUCGUCCGUUCGACCGGAAGACCCCUCCAACGCAGCGGGGAAAGAGUUCCUAUCCAUCCUGGAACAGACAAAGGCGCAGAGCGGCUACAACGGGUCUGCCUGGGGGAGGACCCAUGAAGACGAGAACAGCGUGAUCUGGAUGAUUGACUGGGCAGAUGCCCGCGGCUCCUGCCCUGCAAGUCUACUCAGCCCCCUGCUCGAAGCAGAGAGUGCAGCCAUCUCGAUCUAUACAAGUCUGCACCCGCCAGUGAGCAAGACAGACCUGUUAACCUGGAACCCCGUGACGGAGGUGUGCGCGCUGGCGUUUCCCAGCUCGUUGAGUGCGGACGAGCGCCACACCCUGAUGGGCCAUCUGGCUGAGUUUCGCGGGGCGGUGGUUCAGGGGCUCGAGGCAUGCAAGGCGCCUGUCUCCUGGUCGAUGGGGCAGGUCGAGCGGCCAGGCCGGAUGAAGCAUGCAGAGUCGGCGUCCGGUGAGGCAGAGUUCUUCUUGCUUGUUGUCGGGUGGAAGAGCGUCGAGGCACACAUGGAAGCGAAGGAAACUAGUCGGUUCUUGGAGGCGAUUGCCCCCAUCCGCGAGAUGAUGCUGCCGCCUCUCCCGGAGUUGGGAAUGAAGCAUGUCAGAUUCCAGAAGGUGGACUAGGAUGGUGCCUAUUCAGGUAUAUCUUUACAAUAAUAAGACCAUUUC